AAGGAAAACAGCAAAGAAUUGGAGUCCAACUUCAACGACAUUUAAUGCACACGUGGACUAAAUGGCCAGGACAUUGAUGAUUUCUCAAAGUAUCACCUUCCAAAAUGAAAGCCGUUCUCCAUAAGUCAACACAAAAAUAUACCUAGAAUGUCAGAAGAAGAAAACAAACAAGAUUUAAGGUCUUCCUCGGACUCGCACCAAGAUCUCGAGCUUGGAGAAAGACCUAUUUCCAUGAAAGAUCAAGUCUUUGAGUUUGCAGAAAGACCUAGCUUGACUAAAGAUCAAGACUUGGAUCAUUUAAACACGUCUUUGCUCAUGGACGGGAGAGAAGAAAAUACUAAUCGAUCUUCGAGCGAAUCUCCAAAGGACAUUCCCAUUACUAGAGAUAGUAACAAUGCAGGAGAGGUGGGCCAUCACGAAUCAGACCCUAAUCUGGAUCAAGCAGAGUUGCCAGGUAUGCCUAAGGAGAGGAAGUCGAUAAGUUGCGAAUUUUUGUCACCAACGCAGAAGUUUCCAGGGAAAGAGGAUGAAACUGAGGAACUGGUCCCCAAUAGGAGGUACAGUGCACCACCGAAUAAUGUUAAACACGUGCGGACGUUUUCUUUGGAUAAAACUGGAGCUUACGAAAGUGAGUCCACUAUUUCUGGAAGUCCACCAACUAAACGUCAUUCUCUUCUACACCGAGGCGAUACAAGUUUAAGCCUAGAUGUCAGCGGUAUUCACCGGUGCUUACCAGAAUGCAUGCGUUUUGUUUUCGCGGACCAUGAAGCGGAACGUUUGUACAGAGAAUAUUAUCAAAUGGAAAAGAGGAAUGAUUUUAAGUUGUGUUUAAUCUUAAUAUUUCUUAUUGACUUAGUACUGCUAUGCUUACAUAGCUACUCGUUUCGGUUUAGUCGUAUCUCACACCUGACUGUCCUUUCUCUGGUGGCUUUAGUGGACGCCGGUUCCUUUAUUGUGUGUUCUUUUAGGAACAUGCCCAGCUGGAUAUGGGUUGUAUUUCCUUUCAUCGCCUGGUUUCUCGAGAUGACGCAAAUUUUGUGUGAUAUGUGGAUUUAUCACGCUCCCAUAAUGCCUAGCGACUCGGUCCCGUGGGUUCUUCUUUAUUCGUACGUUAUUUACGUACUUUUUCCCGUCAGGUUACGUAUUUGCAUAACCCUUGGCGUUGUUAUGGCUGCAUUCCACUUACUCGUAGUUGUGUCUUCUCCCGGACAGACAGAGUACAUUGGCAACCAGAUAGGUGCCAAUCUUUUCUUGUUCUUGUGUGUUAAUGUCCUUGGUGUGAUAUCCUUCUUCUUCGCUGAAAGACAACUACGACAGGCGUUUUUAGAGACUCGCCAAAGUCUGGAGGCGAAACUAAUCUUGGAGGAAGAAUCUCAGGAGCAAGAAAGACUGCUGCUCUCUGUUCUCCCUCAGCAUCUGGCAGCUGAGAUCAGACAGGACCUGGGAGCAGUUGUCACGGGCCAGUUUAAGAAGAUUUACAUGAGUCGGCAUGAGAACGUUAGUAUCUUAUUUGCCGACAUUGUUGGCUUCACUGCAAUAUCGUCUACAUGUCCUGCGGCAGAGCUAGUGAGGACUCUCAACGAGCUGUUUGCACGAUUUGACAAAUUAGCGGAGAAGUAUCAUCAGCUUCGAAUAAAGAUCUUAGGAGACUGUUACUAUUGCAUUAGCGGAGCCCCCGAAGAAAGGCCUGACCAUGCAGUUCUGUGUGUUCACAUGGGUCUAAGCAUGGUGGAAGCUAUCAAAUCAGUCCGGGAAGAAACAAAAUCAACAGUGGACAUGAGAGUAGGAAUACACACAGGUGGCGUUUUGGCUGGAGUGCUCGGUCAACGACAGUGGCAGUUUGACGUUUACAGUCGAGAUGUAGAGCUGGCCAAUAAGAUGGAAAGUGGAGGGCUUCCCGGACGAGUUCAUAUUUCUGAGAGGACACUCAGCUUCUUAAAUGAUGAAUUCGAAGUCAUCCCUGGAGAUGGAGCAUCCCGAGAAGAAGCUAUCAAACUGGCAGGAAUCAGGACAUAUUUGAUUGUAGGAGUUUUAAAGCCCUACCCUGUCGGAACCCUAGACGACGUCACCAACAAGAACGGGACCCACACGACAACUAAAGAGGAAGACACGCAUAAACCACCCGAGGUCGGGUUUGAUGUCACUACAGAUGAUGAGUACAAAGAACGCCUCCAGAGGGAGCUACUAAGUAGAGAAAGUGACAGGAACGUGUGGGAACACGCCCAUUUCUUUACACUGAGGUUUAAAACUGUAGAUCUGGAAGAACAAUACCGAAGUCGAAGAGCGAGCACAGUAACGGUUUCAAUGGCGGGCUUCCUUUUGGUCCUUCUAGUAUGUGAUCUUGCAGAUCUCGUGCUGGUUCCUGGAACGCUUGCUGCCUUCCAAACCAUCAGCAGCGUAUGGGCACAUCUAGGUAUUCCUUUCAUCACGGUGUGCAUCCUCCUUCUCGUCUUCAUGAAGUGUUACGGAAUAUCUUUACCAAAGUUUGAGUCAUUAUUUUUCCGAGCAGCAGAGUUAAGGCCAUGGGUGAGAAUCGUUACACUUUUGGCUUUAGUAUCGGUGUGGACCAUCCUCCAGUCUUUGAAAACGAUGAGACGUGCUUUGUCCUGGUCCGAGUUCCAUAAAAACUUUUCAGAAUUAAGCCUACAAACAGAAGAAAUGAUAGUUAAUCAGCACGACGGAUUCCCACAGUAUUUGAUCUACUACUGCAUUAUUGUUUACCUAGGUCUUUCAACUUUCUCCCACAUUAACCACCUAAUAAAAUUCGCCAUUACAGUCGCCAUUACAGCUGCAUGGUGUGUCCUCAGUAACCUGCCGUUGAGAGAUGCGUUUCAAUGGUAUGACGUCUGGGCUUACGGCUCCAGGCAGCCAAUAGGACAUUAUGUCUACGUUACCAUCGUUUUGAUUACCAUCUCGGUGGCAGUCAUAACAGUCAACAGACAGCUGGAACUCACUUCUCGACGACUGUUCUUGUGGAAGAAAGCUGUUGAAGAACAGAAGGAAAAAGUAGCAGACAUACGCAGGAAAAACGAGGCAUUGGUGUACAAUAUUCUUCCCCCUCACGUCGCCAAGCAUUUCCUAGGACGAAGAAAAACUGACGAG